AUGUCCCUCGAUGCUAAAAUGGGAUGUCGACAGCCCACCAUGAUGACGCCUCCAGAGAUCAACAAACCGACAAAGCAGGAUCGACCACCUGUAUAUCGUACAUUCGUUAUUCUUAUUACACGUCCUCCUUUUCCUCCUCUAACACUUCCUUCUUUCUUGCUUGCUUUUUUUCUUUUUUUUUUAUUCUUUCCUUGUUUUUUUUUUUCUUUCUUUCCUUCUUUCUUUUUCUUUUUUUCACUUUUUUAUAUUUUUCUGUUACCUACCCCCUUUCAUUGUCUUACGCUUUUCAUUGCCUAUCUUCUCUCUUACUUUACUUUUCCUUUUCUCUUUCUGUCACUAUUUUCUUUCUCUUUCUCUCUUCUCUUUCUGCCUCUCCUUUUUAUUUAUUUCCCCUUUUUAAUUCUCUCUCUUUCUAUCGAUUUUAUCAUAUCAAUUUUUGAAAGGAAUCUUUCUUUUCUUUUCUUCUUAUUUCUACUCUAUAUUUCUCUUUCUAUUUCUGUCCCACCCUAUCUGUCUCUCUUUUUGCCUUCACCCUCCUGUCUCUCUCACUCUCGCUUUCUUUCUUUCUUUCUUUCUUUCUUUCUUUCUUUCUCUGAUUUGCUUUUCAUUUUCAUUGAGACAAAUAUGUUUUUAUUUGCACAGUCUUUGAUUAUUCAUCAAUUCAACAACUGA